AUGUUCUUGGAUUCUGCGCAUUUUGAAUUCCUAAGUCGGAAAGAGCGCGCACGAGCAUCAGAAUCCACCCGGGACCCCACUCCCACUUCCCGUGUUGACUGCGUGCGGCGUGUGCAGUCGGUGCCAGCGCAGUUUCGCUUUCUGUUUGCUCCAGAGCAGUCUCAGUUCCUGGAGGAGGAAUGGACGGAAACGUGCCUGUGUGGUGACGUCCAAGUCUUGAUCCCUGACAGAGAAGAAAUGUCCAAGCGAAAACAAAAUGCCCCAAGCGAGAAUGCGCACAAGAGGGCACGGACAGCCCCAGAGGAAGACUCGGAUGAGGACUCCGACUCCUCUAGACACGUCUUCUCUGCCACUGCCAACACCGCACACUUGUUUUUCAUGAAAGCCACUCAGCUGGAGCAGAUGAAAGAAGAUUACAGUUACAUUAUGAAGACGAGGACUGUCACACUUAGUAAAAUUGAAAAACACGAAGAGGUCGCUGAAAUUGAGAAGGAAUUGCAGCCGAUCAAGGACAGAAUUUCCCAUGAAGAAAAGGCCACAGUGAAGUUUGAUCAGAAAGUGGAAGAGUGGAAGGAAAAGGUGGAUCAAGCUGAGAAGAAAUAUAAAGAGAUCCAUGGUCAGCUGGAGAACAUCACUGAGAGGGUCCGCGUUCUGGAUCCACAGUGUUCAGCUCUGAAGAGUGAAGCACAGGCACGGAGCAAAGCGUGCAAAGAAGCUGAGUCUGCAUAUCAUCGCUGUAAGACUAACUUGAAGCACUUGGAGAAGGACAAAGAGCAGCUGACAAAGCACAUUGAGGAGCUGAAGUACAGCGCAAGUCAGUCCACUGAGGUGGACCGGCGGGAAAGACUGGAGAGAAUUGCCACUCUUGAGGACCAGCUAACGUCUUUAGGCCAGCAAGACGAUACUUUAGGCCAGCAGCUGGACCAGUUUCGACAGGUGGUUACGAAGUACAAAGAAGAGCUUGCGAAGAUGAGUCGCGAAGAGAGAGAUCUUCAAGCGUUGACGAAUGCCAAAAGGAGGGAACUGAGUGCUGUGGAGGCCAGCAGAACGGAUAAAAUUAAGAGAUUUGGGGAAUAUAUGCCUGCUCUUUUAAAAGACAUUGAUGAGGCAAACAGGAGAGGAGUAUUUAAAAAGAAACCUGUGGGACCUAUUGGAUUCUGCAUACGGCUUAAAUACCCUGACCUUGCGUUAGCUGUAGAGAGCUGUCUGAAGGGACUUAUGAUGGCCUUUUGUUGUGACAACUACAAUGAUGAGAAGAUUCUGCAGACAAUUAUGUCUCGGUACUACAAUCAUGGGAGAAGACCACAGAUUAUUGUGAGCGCAUUUUCAAACACCGAGUACAACACAAGACAUAGGGCUGUGAAUCACCCAGAAUUCCCAUCGGUUCUUCAGGCUUUGGAAAUAGAGGAUCCAGUCAUAACAAAUUGUCUUAUAGACAUGAGGGGGAUAGAGACAGUCCUCCUGAUUAAAAACAACAAAGACGCCCGUCAGGUGAUGCAGUGUGGAAGUCCCCCAAGGAACUGCCGUGAAGCUUUUACCCAGGAUGGAGACCAGGUCUACACCAACCGCUACUAUUCCAACGAGCACAAGAGGGCGCAGUACUUGAGUGGAGAUUUAGAGGAAGAAAUCAGGCAUCGGAGAGCAGAAAUAGAAAAUCAGGUGGCACACAUCGCAAGGUUCAAACAGCAGAUACGUACUAUAGAGGAGGAGAUCCGUCGCAAUGAGAAUCUGCAUCGAAAAACACUGGAAAAUCAGAAAAACACAAAGGAAAAAGCUAGAAAAAUAAAACUGGAAAUUACUGAUCUACAAAACACUGAGGAACCCCAGUCAGAAGACAUAAGUGCACUUGAAGAGGAGUCUCAGGACAUCAGCAACAAACUGGAAACUGCUUUAAAAGAAUCCGAGGAUGCCCGAAUGAAGAUGCAUGAGCUCAAAAAAGCUUUAGAUGAAGCUGAACUGAAUUAUAGAAAGCACAGGGAAGACAUAAAUAACAUAAGAGAAGAAGCAGAUCCAAUCAAGGAGGAACUUAGCAAAACUGAUCAGGAAGUGGAAAGAAGUAAGCACCACAAAAAGCAUUACGAAGAAAAAAGAAAGGCACAUUUAAGUGGAAUUCAAAGACUGAAGGCAGACCUGGAGACAAAAGAAAAGCAAUUGCAGGAAUCAGUUGCUCAAGCCAAAAAGAUCUGUACUGAACCUGUUGAAGUUAGGAGGACAGCAAAAAGCCUCGACAGCGAGAUUAAUCGCCUGCGGCAGAAAAUUAGUACGCAGCAGGAUCAGCAAGGGGACCGAGAAGAAAUUGUUAGGCAGUACCGUGAGGCAUUAGAAAAGUACAGAAACAUCUCUUUGCAGAUGAAGAACCUGAGAAAGUUCAUUGUUCUGCUGGGCAAGAUAAUGAAUGAUCGACACAAAGCGUACUCGGAUAUGAGAAUGUAUCUUUCUUUGCGAUGCAAGUACUACUUUGAUUCUCUGCUGGCACAGCGAGGAUACUCUGGGAAAAUGACAUUUGACCAUAAAAAUGGAGCUCUUUCAAUUGCAGUUCAACCAGGAGAGGGCGACAAAGCUGCUCUUAGUGAUAUGAGAUCAUUGUCUGGAGGGGAGCGGUCCUUCUCCACAGUCUGCUUCGUCUUGUCACUGUGGGCCAUCGCAGAGAGCCCCUUCCGCUGCCUGGAUGAGUUUGAUGUGUACAUGGAUAUGGUGAAUCGAAGAAUUUCCAUGGACAUGAUGUUGAAAAUUGCUGCAAGUCAGCGCUACCGGCAGUUCAUUUUCCUGACCCCACAGAGCAUGAGUUCUCUGCCAGUGAAUAAUUUGAUUCGGAUUCUUCGUCUCAAUGACCCAGAUCGUACACAGACCACAUUGCCAUUUGCGAGACGAAAUCAGGAAGAGGAAGAUGAAAAGUGAAUAUUUUUCAGCUAAAGGUCCUUCUUGGAACUGGCCUUGGGGUUUUAGAGUUAGAGCACAACCCGCACUGACAUCCCUAACUGAAAAUGUGCUGCGUGAAACUAAUGAAUCUACAGUAUGUGUUGUACAAAGCAAAGAAACAUAUGGUGUAUAAAAUGUUUGAUUGCUCAAAAUAUGUAAAAUGUGUUCAGUUGAAAAACUAAAAUGUAUGAAUAUAAAUAAUGUAUGUAUUGCUUGUGUGCAGAUGAUGUUUCAUCAGUAAAAGAGUUCUAAUGGUAAGACAUUGCUUCUCAAUCCUGAUCUGGUAGAGCAUAGGAUCUUCUAUAUUUCAUUCUACCUGAACUCUUUUAAUUUGCCUUAAUUACAAGUAUUUCUAGUCUUUUAGUCAGAAAAAUAUUUGUGGUUUAUAAAUCCUGCAGUACUUUGGUCUUCCGCCCCCAAGAGUGAGGACAACUGCGUGUUCUCAUGAUUUAUAUACAGAAAGGCAUUAGAAAUGCAUUACAUGCUAUAUCAGUGCCUUUUCAUUAUAGUUUGUUAGGUGUAUACAUAAAUGUUGCUGUUUAAUAAAUGAGCAGUAAAGCUCAGGUUUUAGACCUCAUCACAGUGAUGGGCAACCAGGCCACCAGGGCUGGAGUCCUGUAGCAUCUAUUGGUGCUUCACAAUUAGCACCUGAUUAGGACACUUAAGUCCACGUGAAAACGUUGGACAUUGGACAUUAUCUAAUUAGAUCAAUUAAGAAAUCAAGUUCAGAGAUUCAAGAAAAACUAGAGGAUCUUGUUACCUGUGUAUUAGACGCUUUUUAAAACAUUAAAAUUUUCAACACUUCA